UUGAUAUCAAAUUCAGUUGUUCGCGAAAUGUGAUAGCACAUAGACCUGACAUUAUGUCUGGGAAAGAAUAUGCUAUGGAUUCUGGUUCAGGAGGAGUUCGAGAGGUGAAAGUCCAUAUCAUAAAGCCUAGAAGACACACCCAUUGCGUCGAACUCGAAACAGAAGAUGGUAGAGGAAUUGCGAAACUGUCCAGUAGGAGCAGUGAUUAUGUGUAUGUGAACUCUGCCUUUGUGGGAAGUGUUAAUAAUAUCGCUGGUGACAGUGUGGACAGGAUCCAGGAUCCGCCAACGACUGUCAUACGCGAACAGUACUGGGCGUGCUCCAAAUGGCCCUAUGGUCAGAAAAUUCUGGCCUUAGCAGUCGGAAUCCUGCUCGGCGCCCUCAUCGGACUCUCCAUCAGCUACGCGUUUAAGAAUGUUGGCGCCGAUGACGUCAUUGGAGGCAUCUUCAGGAGUAACCCGGUUGGAGAGUAGGAGCAGGAAGUUGGCAGGCAAAUAGUGGAAGUGUUUUUAUUAUUAAUCUGAUUAGUGCAGAUCCAACGACCUGUUUAAUCUAAAUUGAUCCACGAAGUAAUAAAAAAAAAUAUUAUGAAGACCUACAAAAUUUUCAUCCGAAACACGAGAUCAAGUUUGUUGAAUGACAUUGCAAUAAAACUUGAAUUUGAAAGAAGAAAAUGCAUCGGUAAUACCCACUCUAUGAAAUAUUGUAAAAACAAUAUUGAUGAUGAAUGACCAUCGAUUAUAGAAAAUAGUGGACUGAAAGGUGAUAAGGUGAAAAUUUUACAGAAACAAAACAAGACUGAUGCUAAUCAUGACUUAAACGAUCAAAACAAAGUGAAUUAAUAUCUAUGGAUUUUCGACUUCUAUUAUUUAUGUAUAUUGACGUUUUUGCCGGAUGAUGGUGUAUAUUUUGGUUUUAUUUGACAUUUAUUAUUUUAAUUUAAUAUAGUGGAGUGUUUCUCCUGAUUAUUGUUGAGUUUAUAAUUAAAUACAUUGUCAAAUUAUACAGUUUUUAGUUUUAAGAUUUUUCCUUAUAAUGCAACGUUGUUUACGUUUCAAAUAAUGUAUGUGACAUGAUAACAUAAAUUUUCGUAUAUUUUGAGAAAGACAAGAUUAGAUAAGAUAAAUUUAAGAUGCGACAAACUGUCAUCAUUGUUCCAGAAGUUACAGGUUCUAAUACUGAUAUGUAUUUUCAUUUUAUUUUUGAAUUUCGUAAAAAUCAAAUGACCACAACAAUGUAUACUCUCGUCUACAUUUCUAUCCGAAGUUUGGAUAAUUGUGAAGAUUACGUUAUUGAUGAAAAUGCUGCAGGGCAGUUCGUUACCGCUUCUUCUGCGCUGACGCAUUGGAAGCGGCAGUAAACUUAGUUUUAACUAAUUUAUAUGACGUCAACCAAUGUUGUGAAACCCAAAGAUAUGACAAUUAUUAAGUGAUAUUGAAAUGUCACAUAACAAUGAAAAAAAAAUUAAUUUGAAUUUGAAAUAAGGUUAUUAUGAGAUUUUAUUACUUGUGUGUUUAAUCUAUUACUGUGUGUAUUCUCUUUAUAAGAAGAUGUUUUCUCAUUGAUAUCAAAGACAGACAGAACUUGUUCACUAUGUAUUCACAAUCAUACAGAUUUGUAUUUUUUGGUUAACAUAGUGGUGCCAUGUGGUUCCCGGCACUCCAUCUCUUUCCCGUGGAUGUCGUAAAUGGCGACUAAGGGAUAGGCUUUUAAACUUGGGAUUCUUCUAUUAGGCGAUGUGCUAGCAACCUGUCACUAUUUGAAUUCCAUUUCUAACAUUGAGCUGAGCAGCCGAGCGUGGCCUUUCAGUCUUUUCAAUAUUGUUGGCUCUGUCUACCCCGCGAGGGAUAUAGACGUAAGUAUAUGAAUGUAUGUAUGUAUAGUGGUUAUAGUAUCACUUUGCCUAUUUGUAGCUAAAAUGAUUCAGAAAAUUUGUUAAAUUUUGAUAUCUCUGAUGGUGAUACUCUGGUAUCUCUAGAUCAGAAUGUUUUUAAAAGGCUGUUUUGUCUGUUUUUCUUCUAACUUCAUGAGGAAUGAUGAUGAAGAUUAAUUUGAGCAUUUAUAGUAGUUAAAUAAAAUAUAUUUUUAUUUA